AUAAAGAAUUGGACUCAACCUAAAAGUCUUCUGAGUAAAAUUACUUUCGGUGCGCUGGUUGUCUCGCACUCUCGUUCAUCUUCAUUCUUAUUUCUUUGUAGUGCAGUUUCCUAUGUACCGUAUUUUACUUCGUUUUGAUCUUCACAGACCACUGUUGUCUAUAACUUCAUCGAUCACUAAUAAAUCGGUUUUUGUUCUUUAACUUUAUUACAAUUAUUAUUAUAUUAUUACAUCUCGUCCACUUAACACACUCAUUAUUAUGGAUACGUGGACUGCUGAUAUUUGGAACGGCAAUGAAGAGGAAUGCAAGAGAACCCUGAAUGAACCAGGAAAUUGGGAGAAGGUACCUUUAUUAUUAUUUGAUGAUAAACAAGCUCUUGGAACCUUUGUACGAUUUAAAGGAAUGAUACAAGAAAUGUUAAAUCCAGAAUACUAUUGUAGCAAUUUUAAAAUUGUUAAUUCUGAAAAUGAUCAAUUUACUUUGCAUCAAUCAAAAUAUCAUACCAGUACUAAAGAUCUCCAACCUGGAGAAGAAGUUGUCGUUGGAGAUACAUUGAUGGAACGACACAUUUUGGCCUGUGUUCCUAUUCCAGGAUUGAAUGAUUGGGCCAAAGAAGAAGUUUACAGAGACCUGGAUCCUGAAGUUCAACUAGCAGAAAGUAUAAGGAAACGCAUGCGUCGAGAACCAGCUGGUAAAGAAUUCUCAAAGGAAAUUUUGAUUUUUAUAUAUCCUGAAGAUAUUGAUAUCAGUGAAUUAAAGCUAAAUCAAAUUGUAGAAGUUGUAGGAUUUCUUGACCGACGUUCAAUUCAAGAAGCCAUAGAAACACAUUGUAUUCAUGCUGUUCAAUUGAAACUACUAAAAAAGUUAAUUCCAGAUAACGAAGAUUUGUAUCAAUCUAUCUGGAAUGAUGCUUCAAACAUUCAUGCAGAGCUAAAAUUGGUAUUAACUCAAGCAUUAUUGGGAGACUCUUUAGCUGCUGAUUAUUUAUUAUUUUACCUUGUAUCUUCCAUUUAUAAUAGACAACAACAUUUAGUUCCUGGAAAAUUCUCGCUGAACAUUCGUGGAAUUCCUAAUGGUAUUGGACAAAACUACACAAAACAUUUAAACGCACUGAUAUGUCAUUUGGUAGUAAAAUCGUAUUAUUUACCAAUAAAAAUAGAUGCUUUGAAUUACAUAGAUUUAAUUCCAAGAAAAUGCUAAACUUCCAAUAGACUGUUGAAUGGAAAUUUACAGUUAUCAGAUAGAACUCAUUUGAUCUUAGAUGAAAUAAACUUACAGCCAGGAAAUUUGAAUAAUAAAGGAAUACUAAAUCUUGGAGCUCUAAAAAAUAUAAUUACUGACCAACAAAUGAAGUACGAUUUCACUUAUUAUGAACAGGACUACGAAACCCAAAUACCAGUACUGACAUUAUCAAUUGGAAAAUCUCUUCUACCUUAUGAUAUAGAUAUUGUACUGAAACCAGACCCAUCUUGUUCUAACGUUGUAGAGACAAUGGAUUCAGUAUCUAACUACUUAAACAGUCAGGUACCUCUUUUGGAAAAAUUGAGAAACUAUAUUGCAAUAAUUUCAACAUUUCCUUUUACAUAUGGCCAAGAUAUUUUAAAGGUGAUUGAAAAUGAUUUUGUAGAGAUGCGAAAAGCUGAUCACAGUGUUUCUGCUGAUGACUUGCAUCGUUUUAUGAUGAUUUCAAAAUUAAUUGCUUUAUGUUCUGGAAAGAAUGAAUUUGAUAAAGAAGUUUGGGAAAGCGGAAAAUCAUUAGAAAAUCAGCGUAAAUUAAGAAAUUUGUAAAUUAUACAUUGAAUGUAUAAAUU